GUAGAUUUAUUCUUUAUGGUUCGAUAUCAACGGCUUCCAGAGUGGCUCAAAACAAAUAAGGUUCCUUCUGGAACAAAUUUUGCUAGAAUAAAACGCGAUUUAAGAGGGUUUAACCUCCAUACGGUAUGUGAGGAAGCCAAAUGUCCAAACAUUGGAGAUUGUUGGGGUGGAGGUGAACAUCAAACUGCUACCGCAACCAUUAUGUUAAUGGGUGAUGAAUGUACAAGAGGUUGUAGAUUUUGUUCCGUGAAAACAAGUAGGACUCCAAAUCCUUUAGAUCCAAAUGAACCAGAAAAUGUUGCUCAUGCGAUUUCUAAGUGGGGUUUAGACUACGUUGUAUUGACUUCUGUGGAUAGAGAUG